GGAGAGGAGGGAAGGGGAGAAGGAGGAGGGGAGAAAGUUCCGGGAGUCGAGGGGCGGAGCGCAGAGCCCGGGAACCCCGAGGCUGCCCUCCUUCCCCUCCCCGGAAAAGGCGCCUCCGUAGCCUAUAAAGUACGGGCACAGGCGGGAGAAGUGCACUGCCCGACCGUGGCAAUGGACCAGCACACGCUUGAUGUGGAGGAUACCGCGGAUGCCGGACGACCAGCAGGUACUGCGCACCCCUCGGAUGCGGCCAUCCUCAGAGAUGCAGGGCUCCCCGCGGACGCUGCGCUCCUCGCUGAUACUGUAUGCCUCACAAACGCUGCGCUCCCCACGGAUGCUGCGUGCCCUGCGGUUAAUGUUCGGGGUCGCGAGGCCGCGUGGCCGCCUGCACUGCACUUCUGUUCCCGCCACCCAAGGCUCUACGGCCUAGCCGCCUUGGUGUUGCUGCUUCUGGUCGCCUGUGUUCCUAUCUUUACCCGGACCCAGCCUCGUUCAGCGCUCACAAUCACCACCUCGCCCGACCUGGGUACCCGAGAGAAUACUGCCGACCAGGUCACCCCUGUUUCCCACAUUGGCUGCCCCAACACUACACAGCAGGGCUCUCCUGUGUUCGCCAAGCUACUGGCUAAAAACCAAGCGUUGCUGAGCAAUACAACUCUGAACUGGCACAGCCAAGAUGGAGCCGGGAGCUCAUACCUGUCUCAAGGUCUGAGGUAUGAAGAGGACAAAAAGGAGUUGGUGGUCGACAGUUCUGGGCUCUACUACGUAUUCUUGGAACUGAAGCUCAGUCCAACAUCCACAAACACAGGCCACAAGGUGCAGGGCUGGGUCUCUCUUGUUUUGCAAGCAAACCCUCAGGUAGAUGACUUUGACAGCUUGGCCCUGACGGUGGAGCUAUUCCCUUGUUCCGUGGAGAACAAACUAGUGGACCGGUCCUGGAGUCACCUGUUGCUUCUGAAGGCUGGCCACCGCCUUAGUGUGGGUCUGAGGGCCUAUCUGCAUGGAAGCCAGGAUGCAUACAGAGACUGGGAGCUGUCUUAUCCCAACACCACCAGCUUUGGACUCUUUCUUGUGAAACCUGACACCCCAUGGGAAUGAAUUCUUAUCCACGUGAUAAAGCACAUGGGUGCUCUCAGCUACCCUUCUUGUGACCCCUAGUUGCUAAGUCCUCAAGCUGCUAUAUCUUAUGGGGCCUGAGCAGGGGUCCCCUCCUCCAGGACUUUCCUCUUGUCUUUAACCGGACUCAGUAUUUAUUGUGAGCAUAGCUCAGAUAAGACUUUAUAUAUAAUUCAUUGGAUAACAUUAGCAAACUGCUGGGCAGCUGCUAGAAACAAAACAUUCCCAAAUCAAACUUUAUAUUUAUAUUAAUAUAUAAAAAAUAAAUGUGUUUGUAAAUAA